UUUGUUGUACGUAAAAAAUAAAUAAUUGCUAUAAGAAAAUAAAUUUAAUUAAACCGAGCAGCAUGCGUCCCAAACUAAGCAUAAGGGAAGAAGUGGAGCAGCUGUUUGAGAAGAAGUUCCAAUAUCAAAAGCCAACUAACGGUGCCUCCUGGUUGCUGCCAUUAGAAGAGCCGCUGUUCAGUGAAUUCUACCAGUUCGAGUCUCUGCAGAAUCUCAAGGAUCAGCUGAAUUCUGUCAAGAGUAAGCUUAACAAUUAUGGGGUGCAGGAGUGGAGCACACACACAAAUCGUCGGGAUCCGUCGGGAGAGAUUUCGUGGCGGUUGAAAAACGAAACAAAGGCUGAGUUUGUAACCGUAGCUUGGUGCAAGAUCUUUGAGUGCCUGCAUCGUUAUCCACUCAUCACACAGCCGGUUCUUAAUAGUCUUCAUCUUUGCGAGGCUCCAGGUGCUUUUAUCGCUGCACUGAAUCAUUAUUUGCACUCGGCUCACAAACCAAAUGAGAUAAAGUGGAACUGGCGUUCGACUACUUUGAAUCCGUACUACGAGGGAAAUGCGCUCAAUGAGAUGAUUACCGACGAUCGUUUCAUAUUUCACACUCUGGACAAUUGGCUCUUCCAUAAGGACUUGACUGGCAAUCUACUGAGUAUGGACAACAUAGAUCACAUGACCCACAGGUGUGCCGAAGUGUUCCAAGACGGCGUUCAACUGGUCACAGCUGAUGGUUCAAUUGAUUGCUCUGCUCAGCCCGAUUGCCAGGAGGAGAUCGUCGCCCGUCUUUUCUUUGCGGAAAUUGUCAGUGCACUGAAGAUACUCAGUCCGGGUGGCAAUUUUGUUAUUAAAAUGUUUACGUUGUUUGAGGCGUGUAGCGUUUCUGUGAUGUACAUGCUGAACUGCGUCUUCCAGCGAGUGCACAUCUACAAGCCGGCGACAUCUAAGCGUGGCAAUUCCGAAGUCUAUGUCAUCUGCAUGGAUUACCGCAAGGACACUCCCGGUCUACCUCGUCUGUUGGAGGCAUUGCAAGCCAAGCUCGCCCAGCCAAACGAUGCCAUGGUCAUGCCUCUGUUUGGCAAAUCCCAGAUACCCAAAGAUUUUCAGCUGCAACACGAGAUCGGAUGUAGACUCUACUUGAAGCUGCAGGUGGAUGCCAUCGAAAGCAGCAUCUACGCAUACGAGUCCAAGGAUCGCUACUAUCUCCGCCAUCUGCACCAUCUGCGAGGAGUCGUCUCUGCCAUGUACUACAAUCGCUACAAGGUGCGACCCUUGGCCGACGAGCUGUGCAUUGUUAGGCAGCAGGAUAUCAACAAGUCAUUGGGAUUCACGGUGCCCGUCUAUGGUGGCUCCUACACGGAGCGGGAGCAUCUCAGACAGGGCGAUAUACUAAAACAAAUCUACUGCCUGCGACGCGAGUUCAAUCAGCUGGAGAAGUGUCCAACUGCUACACGGAGCUACACCCACGUCAAAGACCCGCAAUUGCAGCUAAAACUGGAACUGUCUCGAGGAGCACCUGUGAGGGAGCUGCAGAGCAGUCUGUUUGCUUCGGAACCGGUGCUGCUGCUCCGUUUACGCAUACUGGACACAUUCGAGCUCGAUCCGCUCUGGCAAACAGCGCCCAAGUGCUUGUUUCUUGAUAGCAGCGACAGCAAGACGAUAUCACUAAAUUACGCACCGUCGACUGAUGACUCAACAUUUCAUAAAGUUCAGCAGCGUUUCUUUGUUAAGCUGGUUGAGUCAUUGCUGGAACUAAGGCCCCAUAGAAUUGUGUUUCAUAAUUUCCUAUUUCUCACCCAUUACGCGGCAUCUGUGCUCCUAUUCCUAGCCGAGCUAAUCUAUCAGCACACCGAGUUUGACAGUAGUCUUCCAGAGCAGACCAUCACACUGAGUGUCCUGCAGGAUGACAAGGAGAUGGUGGAGCAGCUGCAACAAUUGCGCCAAGUGCUUAGCAGCGAUGAUGAGAAGGAAGGAGCAGUGCACAGUGUGCUGAGUCUCAAGCAACUCCAGAAGAAUCAGUUCAGCAAUGCCCUCAUCCUCUACAACAACAGUGUCCUGGUGGCCUGCUAUCGCCGCAUGCUGGGCGAGGAUUCGUUCCCGACCCGCAUGAGCAUUGAUCAGGCUGAAACUGAAGCCGUAAACGAUAUUAAAGAGACUGAAACAGUCGAAGGAAUUGUGUGUUAAUUAUGUAUUGUAUAUAUAUUAUUUAUCUUGCAUAAAAGAUCCAUGAUCCUCUCGA